AUGGCGGAUCGGAUUAAAGGUCCAUGGAGUCCUGAAGAAGACGAGCAGCUUCGUAGGCUUGUGGUUAAAUACGGUCCGAGGAAUUGGACGGUGAUUAGCAAAUCGAUUCCCGGUCGAUCGGGAAAAUCAUGCCGGUUACGGUGGUGCAACCAGCUAUCGCCGCAGGUUGAGCACCGGCCGUUUUCUGCGGAGGAAGACGAGACAAUCGCACGAGCUCACUCGCAGUUCGGUAAUAAAUGGGCGACGAUUGCUCGUCUUCUCAACGGUCGUACGGACAACGCGGUGAAGAAUCACUGGAACUCGACGCUCAAGAGGAAAUGCGGAGGGUACGACCAUCGUUUCGAUGCUCCGGCGGAGGAGGAUAACCGGCCGAUGAAGAGAUCGGUGAGUGACGGGUCUCCUCCUGUUACUGCUGGGCUUUAUUUGAGCCCAGGAAGCCCAACUGGAUCUGACGUCAGCGAUUCGAGUACAAUUUCGGUUUCACCCUCCGUUGAGCUUUUCAAGCCAGUGCCACGUGUUGGUGGUGUUGUGUUGCCGCUUCCUGUUGAAACGUCGUCGUCUUCCGAUGAUCCACCGACUUCGUUGACCUUGUCGCUUCCUGGAGCUGACGUAAGCGAGGAGUCAAACCGUUGUCACGAGUCAACUACUAACAACACCUGUAGCCGCCAGAACAACAAUACGAUAACGUUUUCGCAGUUUUCUGGUGGAAUCCGAGGAGUGGUUGAGGAAAUGGGGAGAUCGUUUGCCGGCAACGGUGGUGAGUUUAUGGCGGCUGUGCAAGAGAUGAUUAAGGUGGAGGUGAGGAGUUACAUGGCGGAGAUGCAAAGAACCAACAAUGGUGGAUUUGUUCCAGGAUUCAGGGAUCAUGGAAUGAUUCCGAUAAGACAAAUUGGAGUUGGGAGAAUUGAGUAG